CUUCACGCACCCAGCGACCAGGUCGCUCAGCGCGCUCCGCUCCGCCGCGCUGCCGCUGCCGCCGCCGCGACGCCGCGCCACGCUCCGCCACGCCCGGCGCCCGUUUCGCGUCCGUCCGUCAAUCAGACGUCGCCGUCUGGCCGCCGGCGCCGUGGCGGACCACCGCGCCGCGAGUGUUCCACCGAUGCCGGCCUGCUGACCCGCGGCCGCCGGCGCAGCAGCACGCGAUGACUGUUUCUUGAUAGUGGUUAUCACGAGGAACGCGCGAUGGAGGAGGAAGGGGAGGUGACGACCACGACGAGCAGCAGCACGCGCGUGCAGCAGCAGUCCUUCUUCACGACCACCACCACCUCGUCGUCGAGCUUCUCCUCGUCCGGGCUUAAGCAGCUGGCGCAGUCGACGUUCGCGACGGGCGAUGGGGCCGAGGCGCAGGCGCAGGACGGGCCGCCGCGCGCCGCCCUGCUCAGCUCCAUGAAGGGCAGCCGCAGCCCGCUGUUCGGACACAGCCUGCUGACGCGGACGCUGCAGCAGACGCAGCAGCAGCAGCAGCAACAACAUGUGGUGCAGCGGACCGUCAUGCAGCACCAGAUGUCGGAGGACGCGUCGGACGCCGAGACUGUCAUCGCGGACGAGUCGAGCGGCGAGGAGACGCGCUACCGGCUGCCGUCGCAGUCCUCGCCGGCAGAGGCCGUCCUCAUGUCCUCGUUGCGGCAGCAGAGCUCGGCGUCCUCGACGCAGCACAGCCACGCGUCCUCGCUGACGCCGCGCAGCAGCGAGGACACGGAGAGCGACCGGCUCGCGUUCAGCCUCGAGGAGGAAGACGAGCUGUCCGAGGAGGUGAUGCACGUGGAGCAGCACCACAGCAGCCACCGCGCCGUGUCCCCCGCGGGCCGGGAGGGCCGGCAGUGGCUGACGGCCGACUCGGCGGUGAGCGGCGCGGGCGCCAGCAGCCGCAGCAUGGAGUCGCUGAGGACGGCGUCCUCGACGUCGCGCCGCGCCUACCAGGUGGCCUCGGAGCGCGACCUGCGCCGCGUCGUGGCCUCCUCCGUGGAGGCCCGCUCGCUCGAGUCGCUGGAGCGCCAGCUGCGGCGCGCCGUGUCCGGCGACGUGCUGCCCGCGCCCGGAUCAGAGGAGUCGGCGCUGACGGCGGCCGAGAGGCGGCGCGGUCUGUUCGCGGCGGUGGGCGAGCGGCGCACCACCGUGCCCCAGCACCUGUCGCUGCCGCCGCCCUCGUUCCUCUCCCCGGGCGACCGCCGGCUCACCAUUCUCUCGCCGCACUCGCCCGAGGUGCUGCACCUCUCGUCGUCGUCGUCCUCGUCCGUCUUCAUGUCGUCCCUCAAGACGCGGCGCAAGCAGGCCGUGGUGCUGCCCCGUCUCGUGCUGCCGCGCAGCGAGUCCGUCUUCUCAGUCUUCGAUGUGGAGAAUGGCGGGGGCCCCGGGCGCAGCCCCCUGGACGGGGUGGCCUCCUCGCCGUCGGCGGGGCUCGUGCUGCAGAACCUUCCCCAGCGGAGAGAGUCCUUCCUCUACCGCUCCGACUCGGACUUCGAAAUGUCGCCGAAGUCCAUGUCGAGAAACUCGUCCAUCGCCAGCGAGAGGUUGAAGGAGCCUGAAACUCUUCUGGAGCGACCCCAUGGAGAGGACCUCAUCGUUACUCCGUUUGCCCAAAUACUUGCCAGCCUUCGCAGCGUGCGGACCAACUUCCUCUGCCUCACCAAUGUGCCGCCCACAAAGUCCAGGCGCUCCUCUGGGGCGGCGGGCUCAGCCACGCCUCAGCCUCGGGCCUCUCAACCGGGAGAUGAAGCCUACGUGAAGCUGUCCAUCGAAACCAUGGAAGAGCUGGACUGGUGUUUGGACCAGCUAGAAACCAUACAGACUCACCGGUCCGUCUCUGACAUGGCUUCGCUUAAGACAAGCAGCAGGAGCUGGACCUGCCGUCGCUUCGGAUAGAGGAUACGACGGACAACCGGCCCGCCAAGAAGAAAGAUGUGCCGCGCACGACCAGCGGCACCAUGUCGCACAUCCAGGGCGUCAAGCGCGCCCUGUGCCACACCAACUCCUUUACGGGGGAGCGCGUGCCGGUGCACGGUGUGGAGACCCCUUUCGAGGACGACCUGGGCCAGAUGAUGGGCCAAAUAGACACUUGGGGUAUCGACAUCUUCAGAAUCGCAGAAUUAUCCAACAACAGGCCGCUGACGGCAGUAGCAUAUUCCGUAUUUCAGGGUCGCGAUCUCCUGAAGACUUUCUCAAUACCGCCCAAAACUUUUGUAACUUUCAUGAUGACCCUCGAGGAUCACUAUGUAAAGGAUAAUCCUUUCCACAAUUCUACGCAUGCUGCUGACGUGACCCAAUCAACAAACGUCUUGCUCAACACCCCUGCUCUAGAGUCCGUGUUUACGCCUUUAGAGAUCAUGGCUGCAUUGUUCGCAGCGACAAUACAUGACGUAGAUCACCCGGGUCUCACCAACCAGUUCCUCAUCAAUUCAAGCUCAGAGCUUGCACUCAUGUACAAUGAUGAGUCUGUCCUAGAAAAUCAUCAUCUGGCAGUAGCAUUUAAGUUACUCCAGAAUGACGGCUGUGAUAUCUUCACAGGUCUCAGUCGUAAACAGAGGCAAACUCUACGUAAAAUGGUCAUAGAUAUGGUAUUAUCAACUGACAUGUCAAAACACAUGAGCCUUUUGGCCGAUCUCAAGACUAUGGUUGAAACCAAAAAGGUGGCAGGGUCUGGAGUACUUUUGUUAGAUAACUACACUGACAGGAUACAGGUCCUCGAAAAUCUAGUACAUUGUGCCGAUCUUUCCAAUCCCACUAAACCUUUGCCAUUGUACAAGCGAUGGGUCACUCUGCUCAUGGAAGAGUUCUUCCAGCAGGGUGACAAGGAGCGGGAACAAAAUCUGGACAUUAGCCCAAUGUGCGAUCGCCAUUCGGCUACCAUUGAAAAAACACAGGUCGGCUUUAUUGACUACAUUGUUCAUCCUUUAUGGGAGACAUGGGCUGAUCUUGUACACCCCGACGCACAAGAAAUUCUGGACAUGCUGGAACAGAACCGUGAUUGGUAUCAAAGUAUGAUUCCACCCAGCCCACCGUCCGGAGACAAGGUGACACUAGAAGAAGGCGAGGGUGACGAAGAGCAGGAGGAAGAGGACGAGGCAGCGGGGGGUAGCGACACUGACCUGGCGGGUGACGCCUCUGGGGAUGCGUCCGGAGACCCUGCUAGUGCAGCAGGCAUGUGACGGAGAAUCAUGGGCCUGUGUAAGAAACUGCAUGAAAAGGUCCAGCUGUGGUGGCGCGCCUCCAAGUGACCACCAUCACCGUCCCACCGGAAGAAGAAGGGCGAGGUAGGACGGACACGGGGAAAACGCUUGGUAUCUGCCACUUUGUUUCUGACAGGUCAAUAACUCGCGAUUUUAAGGCAACUUUAAAAUUUCUUGGGAAAAUGUUAUAAAAAAAUACCCUCUUGACUUUCUGUACAUUUCAAGAUUUGAAUUUAUUGUUCGCGCUGACGGACUGUAUGUAUACUGACGCUAGAUAUUAUCUUAAGGACGUGAUUUCCGGCCACGUUGCCGUUUUGUGAUGAGUUCAGGAAAACUUGUAUGUUCUCAGCUGAUCUUGGAAUCGAAUGAGCUAGUCAAAGAAAUAGUUUUAGUGUUUAUGAGAGAUAAGAGUCUCUUGGUGUUAUUCUCCUCUACCUGUUCCUCUGUGGUCCUCUUCCCUCUACCUUUUAGUGGCCUGGCCUUGAAUUCAAUAACAAUCUGAUUAGAAUUAAACCGUUAAAUUGUUCUGUUGACAAGUAUAAUGUUUAUACACGUUCGUUGAAGUACCAACCAGAGAGCAUGACGUAUUGCGUAAUGAAAAACAUUGAGUGAAGAUCUCGUGCGGAACUAGUACAUGUGUGCUUUCAUUCAGUUUUGGAACUUCUUACCCAAAUAGAUUGACGAUAAUAACUACCGUUGCUUUGAUUUGUGUAGUACCGUACUGUUGGACGAUCAGGGUAGACACGAGAGUUUGGUUCUGAGUGUGGCCGAUCCUCCUACACCCGUAAACUCUCCGGGGCGUCUCCAGUAUUUAUUCGAGUUGCUUUUUAUGAUUAUCUUAUGGUUAUUAUGGUUAAUAAUACGUACAAGAACUGCAAAGUUACAUCUUGCCAUUAUUUACAUGUGCAUAGCAUAUAAUAUAUUUAUUAUACUUGAAUUAAAUAUAUGUUUUGUUAAGAAAUACUACAUGAAACAUAUCAAUGUGGUUUCCCGCUCCUAGAACAAAUACUCACUUUUUUUUAAAUAUACAAUUGGACAAUUUUAGAUCAGAACAAAAAAAUACCCCUCCUUUUAUUUAUGCUUUAAAUUUUCUAUAAGUUUGACAAAUGUCACCGAUAUGCUGUUGUCCUAGUUUGCUUUUUUAUCAGCCAGUGAAUUGUUAAGUAAUAAAGACAAGAGAAGCUUGGCACACAAUGUUUGUCCUUUAAGUACAAUGUGUAACAAAACCUUAAGUCUUAAGCGUUUUUUUAACGUAUGUGAUUUUCGAUCAAAACAGAUAUUAAUUGUACAGAGCACAUGGAACUUCCUUUGCAUUUUCUUCAUGGUUGAAUUGCACAACAUUUUUGUACCUUUGUUUUCUUUGUUUCGUAUUUAUCAGCCAAUGAUGUUUACUAAUUUUAUUCUUUUCUUUUGUACUGUUAUCGAUUCGUUUGAUAAUUUAUUUAGUUUGUGAGUGAUGUACUGAUUAGUGUAUAGAGGUGUCGGACGCUGGACGUCCUAUCUCCCUUUGCUGACCGCAACAUUCUGACCGAGCGACCAUUAUAUAUAUAUAGCCACUGUGAGCCUCCGCAGCAAAACUUACACAUCACAAUUUUCCCUUUUAUCAUAACUUCUAAACGUUAUUAAUUUAUUACUUAUUUAUUUCAUCUAUUUUUUAUUGAGUUGGGCAAGCCUUGUGAUAUUCUUCCUCUGUUUUAAAAUAGAAGUUUUUGCUGUUGGGGCUCAAAUGUGCGCUUUGCAUUAAACAAGCAUGCCCGGCCAGAAGGCCUUUAAUACCCUUAGUGACAAAGUAGGACUGUCGACGUCUAAGUUAAUGUGGUGUAUAUAGAAAUAUCUGUACUAAAAUGAGCAGGUUGUAAUACUUAAAUUUGGCACCAAAUAAUCUGACAUCAUGCUGACGUUAAACAAAAUUACCAAAAUGAGUUGGUCGGGCUCCAUGUUAUUCAUUUACUCUUUGUUUUUGCUAUAUAAUUUUUUGACUUCAUGCACUUUUGUUCCCACACUGUCUGUCUAUGUAAUGUGCUCUUAGCUUGCUGUGAGAUGAAACAUCCUGUGAUCGGAAGAUAAAUGAAUGUUAUGGGUAACGAGGCGCUGAGAGUCAAAUAUAUCGCGUUGCGGAAUCAGAAUCAGAACGCUGGUCGUGUCUGGAUUUCUAAUUUUAAGUUAAGCUUAAUCAUUAAUUGAAAGAACAUUUAAACUGUACCCUUUAAGUACAAGCAGGGUUUGACCUGCCAGCCAGCCCGUGGCGACAACUCAACUUGAAGUUUUGCCGUUGCCAAUACUAAUGAACAACUGUGUCAAUGUAGAUAUCUUGAAGUGUCAUUGCGAUGAGUACGCAGGUUUUCUUUAUAGAAGUAUAGCAUUUCUCUCAUCCUUGCCCCUUGAUCAGUCAGUGGGCUCCUCUAUGAAACCUGAUAUCUAUUUUUUAACUCUUUUGUUAAUACAUUUUGUCAUAUACUGUAUAAAUUUACCUUGUAUGUAUUGAGAUGAUCAUCAUUUUUAUUUCAUGUUUCACUGUUUCAUAAUGGGAUCAUCCACUGAUUUUAACAGAACGCUUUGUGUUAACAAUUACUGUAUUAUUUGACUAGUUUGUAAUGAUUGUACUAAUUCGUUUAGCUCUGCUUGUUUGAGAAUGUUGAAAGAUCAGUUGUUUUUAUCCGUACUGUUCUAUGAUAUGGAAAGUAACUUGUGACGUUUCCUCAGACAUAAUAACUUCGAGUUGUUUGUAUUUGCUCUUGUGUUGAAGAACGUUUUGCCAAAAUGUAAGAAACAGUGCUUCAUAAUGCCAGUGACAGCCACUUCCAUACCAGAAAGUUUAUGAAUUAAAUAAUGUUUAGAUACCAACACAUCUUUGAGUCCGAUAAAAAAUUGUGAAAAACAACCAGUCUUUUUGCCAUACUGGAAAUUGGUUGGCAAAUAAAGGCAUAGAUGGCUAAAUUUGGCCUUCAGUUUACAUUAGAACAAAGUGUGGUGUGAUAAAUAACCCUAUGAACCCGCGGUAGACCUCGUAGCUCGCAGACAGACACUUGCGUUGCAGUAGCUUAACUGUAUUAACUGUUUUAGGGGUAAUGAGCUGAAUGAGUCUUACCUGAUUGCUUUUAAGUUGAGCGAGGCAAAGCAAACCUCUACUUGUGAACGAACUGUUUGUAACUUUCUUUUAUAAUUGAUUUAAUUUGCAUACUCCGUAACUUCUGUGUGUGUAUGUGAUGUUUGUGUUGCCCUAUCCUGUGCUCGAUCUGCCAUACAUAAGAAAAAAAUAAACCCAUUCUCAAUGUGAACAA